CGCAUGCGCCUCGCCCCCCCUCGGCCGCGGGGAGGGGGAUGCGGACGGGGGAAGAUGGCGGCCUCGAACAACCCGCGGAAAUUCAGCGAGAAGAUCGCGCUGCACAACCAGAAGCAGGCGGAGGAGACGGCGGCCUUCGAGGAGGUCAUGAAGGACCUGAGCCUGACCCGCGCGCACCGGCUACAGCUGCAGAAAACCCAAUAUUUGCAACUGGGGCAGAGUCGUGGCCAGUACUAUGGGGGGUCAUUGCCAAAUGUGAACCAGAUUGGGAACAGUGCCAUGGAUCUCCCCUUCCAGCACAACGGAGCUCUGGCUGAAGCCUUUGGAGCAGUUCCUGUCUCUUUGACCCCGUUCCAGUCGUCGGCGCUGGACACCAGCAGGACCACGCGGCACCACGGGCUGGUGGACAGAGUGUACCGGGAGCGCAACCGCCUGGGCUCGCCGCACCGCCGGCCGCUCUCCGUGGACAAGCACGGCCGCCAGGUGGACAGCUGCCCCUAUGGCACCGUGUACCUGUCACCGCCGUCAGACACCAGCUGGAGGAGGACAAAUUCUGAUUCUGCCUUGCACCAGAGCACCAUGACUCCAGCUCAGCAGGAAUCCUUUUCAGGAGGUUCACAGGACAUGCAGCAGAAAAGAGUUUUAUUGCUGACUGUCCCUGGAAUGGAAGAAACCACCUCUGAUGCAGACAAAAACCUCUCCAAGCAAGGCUGGGACACUAAAAAGACUGGGUCAUCGAGACCUAAAUCCUGUGAAGUUCCAGGAAUCAACAUCUUCCCCUCGGCGGAGCAGGAGAGCCCCGCGGCGCUGAUCCCCGGCACCCACAACACGGGGGGGUCCCUGCCCGACCUGACCAACAUCCACUUCCCCUCGCCCCUGCCCACGCCCCUGGACCCCGAGGAAUCCUUCCCUGCCCUCAGCAGCUCCAGCAGCACCGGCAACCUGGCGGCCAACCUGACCCACCUGGGCAUCGGCGCCGCCGCCCCGGCAGGGAUGACGACGACGCCGGCCCCGUCCCAGCACCGCCAGCCCAGCGUGAGCCCCCUGUCCCUGGGCGCGGACUCACGGCGACCUCAGUCCCAGCAAAUGUCCCCCACGCUGUCCCCGCUGUCACCCAUCACUCAGGCCGUGGCUAUGGAUGCAUUGUCCCUGGAGCAGCAGCUCCCCCCGUACCCCUUCUUCACCCAGACCAGCUCCCAGCAGCAGCAGCAGCCAGCAGUGGCCAGUUCCUUGCCCCAGACCCCCCCUCUGCUGCAGAGCUCGGGGCUGCAGAGGGGUCCCCAGCUCCCCCCUCUGUCUGUCACGGUACCUUCCACCAUCCCCCAGUCCCCUCCAGGGAGCCAGAGCCAGCCCUCCAUGGGAAUUGACAUCAACUCGGCCUCACUCCAGCAGUACCGCAGUAAUGCUGGCUCCCCAGCCAACCAGUCUCCCACCUCUCCUGUCUCCAAUCAAGGCUUCUCUCCUGGCAGCUCCCCUCAACAUUCUUCCAUGCUGGGCAGUGUUUUUGGGGACUCCUAUUAUGAGCAGCAGAUGACAGCUAGGCAGGCUAAUGCCCUCUCCCACCAGCUGGAGCAGUUCAACAUGAUCGAGAACGCCAUCAGCUCCAACAGCCUGUACAGCCCCUGCUCCACCCUCAACUACUCACAGGCUGCCAUGAUGGGACUGACGGGCAGCCACGGCAGCCUGCAGGAGUCCCAGCAGCUCAACUACUCCAGCCACGGCAACAUCCCCAACAUCAUCCUGACAGUGACAGGAGAAUCCCCCCCCAGCUUAUCAAAAGAACUGACCAGCUCCUUGGCAGGAGUGGGGGACGUCAGCUUCGACACGGAUUCCCAGUUCCCUCUGGACGAACUCAAAAUUGACCCUUUGACCUUGGAUGGACUGCACAUGCUCAACGACCCCGACAUGGUCCUCACCGACCCCGCCACAGAGGACACCUUCCGGAUGGACCGGCUGUGACCGCCGGGCCCCGCCCCGCCCCGGGGCCGUCCCGGCCCGGGAGCGGCCGCUCCGCGCCGUGUACAAUGAGUCCCACAGCUUGUGUUCUGAGCUUGCCGCGCUGCCCCGCCCCGCCGCGUCACCCGAGCCGCUCGUGCCGCCAGCAGGAGGAGCUUGUCCCGGUUAGUCCCGGUUGAAUCCCGGUUUGUCCCGGUCAGUCCUGGUUUGUCCCGGUUAGUCCUGGUUUAAUCCCGGUUUGUCCCGGUCAGUCCCGGUUAGUCCUGGUUUAUUCCCGGUUUCAUCCCGGUCUGUCCUGGUCGGUCCUGGUCUGUCCCGGUCAGUCCCGGCUUGUCCCGGUCAGUCCUGGUCAGUCCCGGUUUGUCCCGGUUAGUCCUGGUUUAAUCCCAGUUUGUCCCGGUCAGUCCCGGUUAGUCCUGGUUUAAUCCCGGCUUGUCCCAGUCAGUCCUGGUAAGUCCUGGUCUGUCCCGGUCAGUCCUGGUCUGUCCCGGUUAGUCCUGGUUUAAUCCCGGCUUGUCCCAGUCAGUCCUGGUUAGUCCUGGUCUGUCCCGGUCAGUCCUGGUCUGUCCCGGUUAGUCCUGGUUUAUUCCCGGUCAGUUCCGGUCAGUCCUGGUCUGUCCCGGUCAGUCCUGGUUAGUCCCGGUCAGGACCAGUUUGUCCCGGUCAGUCCUGGUCUGUCCUGGUCAGUCCUGGCUUAAUCCCGGCUUGUCCUGGUCAGUCCCGGUUUGUCCCAGUUAGUCCUGGUCAGUCCCGGUUUAAUCCCGGUUAGUCCCGGUCUAUCCCGGUCUGUCCCGGUCAGUCCCAGUUUAGCCCGGUUUAUUCCCAGUUAGUCCCGGUCUAUCCCGGUGUGUCCCGGUCAGUCCCGGUUCUCCAUCACCCCCAGCCCAGCUCCCGGCCGUGUCUCCCCAGGAGGGGCAGGAGGUGCUGGGGCUGCAGGGGCUCCGUGCCCUCCCUGCAGCUGUGGCUCUGCUCUGUCACCCCCAGGUGUCCUGCUUGUCCCUCAGCAGCCCAAAAAUCCACUUUAAACACUAUUUUUUCCAAGCUUUUUACAUUUUUUUUUUUUAGUUUUAUUUGUUUUUUUAAAAAAUAUAUAUGUAAUAUAUAUCUAUUUCUAUAUAUGGCUACAUAUAUAGAGAGCAUUUCUGAGCACACAUGAAAGUUCUAUAAUUCAUUACUUGAUUAGACAGAGGAUCAGAACAUCUUAAAGCAGCUAAAAAAAAAAAAAAUAGAGACUAACCUGCAUAAUCCUGAUUCUUACUUUGUGAGAGAUUCCUGGGCAACAGGAAGGGCAUUUCCAUAGCAAUGCCAGGCUCGUAGAAUCAUGAUUUUUUAAUUUUUUAUUCUUAUUCAUUACUUAUUCUGUUACUUAUUUAUGAUUUUUUUUGUUGUUGUUGUUGUUGACAUUUCUUUUUUUAAUUUAAAUAUUUGGAUAUUAGGAAAGUAGCUCAACUACAUACAGCCAAUGGAAGCACUCUACAUAAUAUUUGUACAGUACAUUUUUUUUUGUGGUUUUAUUCCAGAAAUAUAUUAUAUAUAUUAUAUAUGUAGGUAUUUUUAAACUAACUGGAAUUUUAAACAGCUGUUAAGCAGGAAUAAGGAAGCCUAAGGCAAGUUUAGAUAUUUUCCUUUGGAAUAGGCAAAACAGGGUGGUUGGAACUUAAAAAUUCCUUCAUUCACCCAAGGGGAAAAAAAAAAUCUCUUGCUUCACAAUGACCAGGAUUGAAUCCUCCAAAAUUGUGUGCAAUUAAAUGGAGAAUUGAUUAUUUCUGGUGGUCCUUGUGAAUAUUCUGUGCUGCAAAUUAAAAAAAAAAAAAAAAAAAAAUCCCAUCCAGAUUCCUCAAGCUGGGAAUUGGGAGUUUCACUCUGGCUGGAUCCAUGGUGGGAACAUCCUCAUUCCCCUGGGAUCUGCAAAGGCAGGAAUUCAGCACAAUUAGCAGGAUUUGGAUUUAAUGAACUCAUUAACAAUGAGGGUGAGCUGCUGCUGCAGAGGGAAGCUGGAAUGGGAGCAGCCCAAGGAUUCCAUUCCCUAAAAUCCCCUUCCCCCCUCCUGGGUUUGGUUUUGCCCCAGCCCCAGUUCCUGACUGGGAGCAGCACUGGGCUGCUCUUAACCAGUUCCCCCCAAUUAACGAGGGUCCCCCUGCAGUUCAUGAGUUCCCACUGCUCUCCUGAGUUCUCUAAUGAGUUAUACCAAGUUUCUGUGUGCUUCCAGAAAUCCUGAGGUUCCUGCUCUGGGAUCUCCCAGUCCUGCAGCUCCCCUCACCUUCUGUGCCAUUCAUUGACCAUUUGCACUAAAAAUGUGGAAUUUUUUCUUGGCUUCCCUGUGUCUCUUUCUCUUUUUUUUUUUUUUUUUUUUAUCCCCCAUUUUUUUAGAUUUUAGUUUUAUCCUUCUUCACACUUUCCAGAGGUUUCCCCUCAUCUCUUGGGAAUAUUUUGGGAUAUUUUUUGGCAGGGUUUGAGCCCGGUAGGACACGUUCACUCCUGCUUGUUUCAGAUGCCUCAGGCUGUUCCAGGGCAGGGAGGAGACAAAAGGAGCUGAGACAGGAGAAACCUGGGAAGGACAGGAGGGAGCUGGGCCCAGGGACUCAGGGCCCUGUGCUGAAGGUGCAGAGGGAGCCUGGAGCUCCUGCUCAGCUCCUGGAGCUCCUGCUCAGCUCCUGGAAAUCCUGCUCAGCUCCUGGGGCUCCUGCUCAGCUCCUGGAGCUCCUGCUCAGCUCCUGGAACUGCUGCUCAGCUCCUGGAACUGCUGCUCAGCUCCUGGAGCUCCUGCUCAGCUCCUGGAACUGCUGCUCAGCUCCUGGAGCUCCUGCUCAGCUCCUGGAACUGCUGCUCAGCUCCUGGAACUGCUGCUCAGCUCCUGGAGCUCCUGGUCAGCUCCUGGAGCUCUGCUCAGCUCCUGGAGCUCCUGCUCAGCUCCUGGAACUGCUGCUCAGCUCCUGGAAAUCCUGCUCAGCUCCUGGAGCUCCUGGUCAGCUCCUGGAACUGCUGCUCAGCUCCUGGAGCUCCUGCUCAGCUCCUGGAACUGCAGCUCAGCUCCUGGAACUGCAGCUCAGCUCCUGGAGCUCCUGCUCAGCUCCUGGAACUGCUGCUCAGCUCCUGGAACUGCUGCUCAGCUCCUGGAGCUCCUGCUCAGCUCCUGGAGCUCCUGCUCAGCUCCUGGAACUGCUGCUCAGCUCCUGGAGCUCCUGCUCAGCUCCUGGAGCUCCUGCUCAGCUCCUGGAACUGCUGCUCAGCUCCUGGAGCUCCUGCUCAGCUCCUGGAACUGCUGCUCAGCUCCUGGAAUUCCUGCUCAGCUCCUGGAACUGCAGCUCAGCUCCUGGAGCUCCUGCUCAGCUCCUGGAAUUCCUGCUCAGCUCCUGGAAUUCCUGCUCAGCUCCUGGAACUGCUGCUCAGCUCCUGGGGCUCCUGCUCAGCUCCUGUGGAGGAAUGCCCUGGAAUGGCUCUGUGCUGGUGGCCAUCCCUGGCCGGGGGGGUUUGAACCCCAGAGUCACUCCAGGAUUUAACAAACCCAGAGUCACUCCAGAGUUUAAUAAACCCCAGAGUCACUCCAGAGUGAAGCAGCCAAGCAGGAGCUGAAGUUCUGAGAUUCUGAAAUUCUGUGAUCCUGAGUUUCUAAAAUUCUGGGUGUCUGAGAUUCUGCAAUUCUGAGAUUCUGAGUUUAUGAGAUUCUCAAGUUCUGAGUUUCUCAAAUUCUGAGUUUCUGAAAUUCUGAGCUUCUGAAAUUCUGAGAUUCUGAAAUUCUGUGUUUCUGAAAUUCUGAGUUUCUCAAAUUCUGGGUUUCUGAAAUUCUGAGGCUCGAGCGGCUCCGGCUCCUUCCCGGAUUUUUAACUCCGUGUGUAAAUAAGAGCUUUCUGUUUCUUAGACUUGUAAGCAGACCUUGCAAAUGGCCUUAAUUCCAAACUAGCACACCUGGGAUACAGCUGGCACAGUCAGGGAGCCUCCAGCUGGGAGAAAUGUGGCUUUUAAAGGGCUGGGAUCCCCUGGGGAUGCUGUGGGACAGGAUGGGCUCAUCCCGGCCCUGGAGAUCCAGGGAUUCCAGCAGCUCCUCCCUUCCCUUCCUGGGAGCUGCCCCAGAGGGUUCCCCCCUUCUUCAAAUCCCAGGUUUUGUGGCAUCAGGCUGAUCUGGAAGCAAACCCAGAGAAAAGCAUGGAGCAGAUCCCAAGUGUUCCAAGAAUCCACUUUUAUUUCCCAAGGAGCAACCCCUGCUCGUUUCAGUGUGUGGGGGGCUCCCUGCCCAGGGCUGGGAGCACAGAGGGGAAAAAAACAAACCAAGGACAAAAUGGUGUUAAAAACCAAGGAAGAAAUGAUGUUACAAACCAAGGAGGAAA